AUGGACGUCAUCUAUCCACGGCUUGGAAGGGAUUUGAUUUCACUACUUCUGUCUUUGGCCUAUAGUGUAACUUUGCACCUGUGGUGGAAAGCCCCUUUGGCAGUGCUAAAUUAUGAGAUCUAUGUGUCUUCAUGUUCAGGAGGGUGGACUAGACAGGAGCUGGCAAAGGCCCCGGGGGUGCUAGCAAAACUUAUAGACUCUAAAGCUUCUAAUGUUGCUGCUAAGGAAGAGGAGAAAAAGGAAGAGCCCUCUAAAAAGUUGAAUGAAGACUUGGGUUUUAGCCUUUUUGACUAA